CUCCGCCUGCUGCGCGGAACACAGCAAGAACACCUUUCUGCUCACAUUACCGCACCUCUACCUUCCCCGACCUCUAUUUUCGUACACAUAAUCAUAUAACAUGGCUGAGAAAGAAGGAUCUGCUGUGCCCCCACAGGCAAAGGGUUCGUGGGGUAGCUUCCUCAAGUCGAUCGCAUCCUUCAAUGGCGAUCUCUCGUCCAUGACCGCACCUGCGUUCAUUCUCUCCACAACAUCUCUCACCGAAUUCUCCUCAUACUGGACUGAACACCCGUCCAUAUUCGUCGCGCCUGCCGCCGAGAAGGACCCUGCCAGACGCGCCGCACUCGUGCUCAAGUGGUUCUUGAGUACAUUGAAGCAGCAGUAUGCCAGCCGAAGCGAGAAGCUGGGUAGCGAGAAGAAGCCGCUGAACCCCUUCUUGGGCGAGCUGUUCUUGGGCAAGUGGGAGGACCAGGCAGGUACCACACAGCUCGUCAGCGAGCAAGUCAGCCAUCACCCUCCAGUCACAGCGUACUCGAUCUGGAACAGCCAACAUGGUGUUCGCCUGCAGGGAUACAACGCGCAGAAGGCCUCAUUUUCAAGCACCAUAAACGUCAAGCAAAUUGGCCACGCCACUCUCCACAUCGACGCUUAUGAUGAGGACUACCUCAUCACCCUCCCCUCGCUGCACAUCGAAGGCCUCAUCUCAGGUUCUCCCUAUGUUGAGCUGAACGGCAGUUCCUACAUCACCUCCUCUUCCGGCUACACCGCCAAGAUCGACUACAGUGGAAAGGGAUGGGUGUCUGGAAAGAAGAACCGAUUUUCGGCCUCGCUUUACCCCACAGGAAACGAGAAGGAUGUAAUCUACUCCGGCGAAGGCCAAUGGAUCGACAAGUGGGCUAUCAAGGAUGCUAAGAACAAGUCCACCUUCGCGUCACACGAUCCCAGCACCACCAAGACCACGCCUCUCACUGUUGCGCCUGUCGCAGAGCAGGACGACUUCGAGUCCCGCCGCGCGUGGAAGAAGGUUGCCGAUGCCAUUGUCAAGGGUGACAUGGAUACAACCAGCGCCGAGAAAUCCAUUAUUGAGAACCGUCAACGCGAGAUGCGCAAGCAAGAGCAAGCAGAUGGACGCGAGUGGGAGCGCAAGUUCUUCACUCGCACAGACAAGUCACCAGUUUUCGAGCGACUUGCUGCCAAGGUUGGCGAGAAGACCAACGAAUCUUUGACAAACGGCAUCUGGAUAUUCGAUCAGGACAAGGCGAGUGCUGCAAAAUCGCCAUUCCACCCGGACGUCAACCCGCCAAUUUACGUGCAGAAAUGAAGCAGAGAGGCAGUACAGGGAUCAUCUUGCGUGUUGCAAGACAGAAUAAUUUCAUGAACGAGUGUACUAAUUGGGACGAUCAGGGUAUUGGGUUAUCCGAGGAAACGCCUUACGAUCGGUAAGAUCUUGAUCAAAUGAAAUCGCACCUGCGACCUGUGCGAUACGUCUCGAGAACGCGCAGUCACCCUCAUCCAGCACUAUCGAGACAACACACCGUUUCUCUUGAACAUUCAUAGACCCUAGCAAUACAUACUAUUAUACAAGCCCUAAUGAAACAUGAAUUAUAC